GCCUUACUAAAUUUAAUCUUUGAUUUUAUCAAUUUUUAAAGUAUUAAAUUUUAGCAAUGAGUGACCCAUCGAUAUCGGACCCAAUGUCCUUUUUAUAUUUGGACAUGCUAUCCAGAGUUUUAUUAGAUGAGGCUGAAGAGGCGGCGAAAGAAUUUGAUCUAAAAAUGGAUUUUAUACGUGAACAGGAAAGAAAUUGCUUGGAGAUUGGGAAAGAACGUGUUACAGUGGAUCUGCUUAUUAACAAAAUGCAGGAGUGUAUCUUUCAAACGGAGCUCGAAUUACAGGAGAACGAAGUGCAGUUGGAUGAAAUGGAUAAACUCCUUUCACGAUAUCAGGCCAACUACAUAGAUUUCUCAAAGGGUCCCGAGCAGAUACCCCUGAGACCUAGCAGUUAUCGUACAUUCCUGAAGCUACUUAUAUCGGCGGACCAAUCGACUGCGCAAUGUAACGACCUAAAAGAGGAACUCAAGGCUUAUAACGAAGAAGCCAUCGUGCGUUUAGAAUCCCCAAAUUUGGUAACCAGGAUAAUGGACUACCAUUUAUCAGCAAUAACUGGACUGGAAAAAAAACUGGAUAAGCUGCACAAAUUGACCAACCAGGUCAUUAAAAGCUAUAAUAAAAUAUGCAGAAAAGUAAGAGCCAAGAUAAUGAAAGACAAACGCUACAAUGGACCCCGCCCAACUACAGCUCGUUAUAAAUUUUGAAAAUUAAUAUUCAAUAUAACGGUUUAUAUGAUACAUAUGUAUGAAUUAGUAGGCAAUUAAAUGCAUUCAAGUUCAACUUUGUUCUUAACAUGACGAA